GUAAUGCAGGACGGCAAAGGAGCAGGAGAACAGGCCGAGGCUUCUCGCCUGGAGCUUUAUGAGGAUUAUGUGAAGUGUUACAGUGACACGUGUCCGGAGGUUCAGCCUUGCCAUGAUGUGCAGCUGCAGAAGAAGGUGGCUCAGUAUCUGCUCAGGGAACCGACACCUCCAGGAACUUUCACUGUGUUCCCGUUCUACCAGGCUGUAGCAGAGGCAUGUGGCCCUGUGAGCACCGACUGCAGGAAACACCUGACAGCCUUCAUCAGAGCCACUGAGCUGCUGGAGACCCUCUGUGUCAACCUCUUCCUGCAACCAUGGAGGAAGGAAUUUAAGACACUGAAGACUUUCACUGGUCCAUUUGUUUACUGUCUUCUACCAGUUCUCAGCAGUUCUACCAUUCAGUCAGUACUGGCUUCUAUUGGCUACCUGCCGCACACUGACAGCCCACAAAGUGAGUUCAGACUCUGUGAGGAUGCUAACCCAGACAGAUCCAUACUGAUGGGCUUCGAGCUCCUGCUGGCCAGGUUGGAGUGUUACCACCUCCUGGAGCUCCUGGAGAAGGAUCAGCUAGGACCAAAGGAGUGGCUGGAGGUUCUCCAGAGAAGAGUGGGGCCUACAAAAGUGGAGGAAACCACAGGAAAGGAGACACCAAUGGGGCAAAAGGAGGAGGAGAAAAAGAAGGAAGAAGGAGAUGGAAAAGAGGUACCUGUGAAUUCAGGCCCCAGGCCUCCAGUGAGACCCAGGGGCAUGCCUCGACACCAGCGUCUUAUCAAUGCAGACCGGUCUAUUUUGGAGAUGCAGAGAACUUACCCUGAUCUGGCCUUCAGAGGCCGCCUUCUGGUACCAGACAAACCUCAGCCAGCAAAACGCAGCCGAAGCAGCAAUAAAGUUAUUCAUACUGCAAGUGGUCAUGGCAGCGAUAGCAGUAAAGUUCCUGAGAUCCCCAAAAGAGAUGGUAUCAAAGACAUCAGUACUACUUCUACAAUUAUCUCUAGUAAAAAUGAUGAAGGCAAAGCUGAUAACAUGUUGAGUGAUGAUGGCAGAAGUAAUGGUUGUGAUGAUAACCCCCCUGGAAACACCACCUGCAGCAGCUGCAGAGACACUGAUGGAAACAGAGACAUUUCCCUUCACGUCACAUUAAGACCUGUAAUCACAGGAGAGCAGGACCUGAAGCCUGGAGAGAGCUCGCCCACAGUAGAUCCCUCAGCCGCAGGCACACAAAAAAAGAGACUGUCCAGACCAGAUACUGCUUCUCUGAGCUCCAUGGAUGAGGAACAGGAGUUGAUGGAGCUAGCAGAGAGGAUGCGGGUCCAGCUCCAUGUGCAGGAAACCAAUGAGGAGGUGAUUAGAAAAGAAGACAACAAAAGAGGAGAUAACACAAAUAAAGAAGGGAGGAAGAAUAAAAGAAAGAUAAGCACAGAGGGGGAGGUAGAGGAGCAGGACCUCAUGAAACCAGUGGUGGAGACAGGUCAAGCACUGAGCUAUGAUGCAGGUAGAAUCACCAGAACCUCUCAGCCUGGUCCUGCAUGGAUGAAAGAGCAGAAGCAGACCGCCAUGUGUCACUGUUCAGAAGGACAAGAAAAAGAAACAGAAGAAGCAGAAAUCAGUGGAGAGGAGGAGCAGAACUUUGUCAUUGUGGAGCUGUGAAAAGGAAUGAAAUCCCCUCAAGGUUCAUUUGCAUAUUUGUUUAUUACAAAGAUCUGCUCUGCCACCCUCAGGACUUUCCUCAGCUGCUUUGGGUGCAGUUGUUAGAGAGAGGCCUCACCAGUGCACACUCACAUUUGGCUCUUCAAUCCCGUAAAUGUUGUAAACUUUGUUAUUUGGUUGAUGUGCUCUGUAACACGUGACACCUAUUGCACCUCUGUCCAUACUAGGAGAAGGAUCCCACACAUGCUACUCUCUCUGAGGCGUUUUUUCUCCUGAUAAAAGGGUUUUCUGGUAGUUUUUUGUUGAGGAUUAAGGACAGAGAAUGUUGUACCUUGUUAAGCCCUAUGAGACAAAUUGUGAUUUGUGAAUAUGGGCUAUAUAACUAAAGAUAGUUAUAUCUACCUUUACUGGUGUUAUGGACAGACUUGUGUUGACCACAACAUAAAUGCAAUGCAGUUCAUGCAUUUCCUCAGGUAUUCAUUUUGAGUUGAUUUCAGAUGUUCAUGAGCUGUUUUAACAGCUCGAACAAAUACUGAUUUUCUCACUUUAAAAUUCUACAAUCUUAUUAUUUUAAUUCAGAAAUAAAGAAAAAACAGAAAACAUAUCUGUGUAUCAAAGCUUUGUUUUGAUCUGAUGAUCAUUCAGAUUUGUCUGGUGUCUCUGUUUACAUGAUGAAAUAGUUCAAAUUAACUCCAGCUGCAACAACAGUGAAGAAUUCCUGACAUGCUGCAGUGUUCAUUAUCUAACAGUGUCAUAUUUCAUAAUCAGUCAGAGGGACCAAACCAGUACUUUUACUCUAAUACUCCAUACUACAGUUCACAGCAGUUUCUGCUAAAAUGCAGGCUCUGUAGGAUUAUUCAUACAGGACUUAAUUUGGGAAUUCUGACAUAGCUUAAGUAAAGGUAUAAAUCAACAGACAAGAGAAAAGAUUUAUUGUCUUGAGCCAGUAUACAACUGGAUCCAUGGACAAAAUACAAAAGAAAUUCACAACUAAACUUCCAGGGAAUUUUGAAUUUUGACAAAUGGAUUGCCAUCCUCCAAAGCCACAACACAUCAGCCAGAGGCCUGAUGACCCCGAUGUUGGGCUAAGGGGUGUUUUACCUCCAACCACAGAGGAGCUGCUGCAGACACAAGGUAAAGACGUUCUCUCUGUUGGCCUCUGGUUUAGAUAUUGUAAUGUUGUGAUAUAGCCAAAGUGCCUAUUUCUGGUUUCAAUGGCUGCUGAGUUCGUUCAGUGGCUGUUUGUAAACAGUGCAUAUUCCUAAAAUGACUAUAUUGAGGUAUUUGGUUGUGGAUUGUGAUAUUUGACUUUGUCUAUCUCAACCAGCCAUAAUAUGUCUUCUUACUUAUCACUUUGCCUGCUCAUUUAUUUGACAUCACUUUUUGAAUGUAAAGAAUUUCGUUAAUCCGUUAAGCCAAUUGGAUUUUGAAUGUACCUAAAGCUUUUAUCAAUUACAAUCAAUGUAUUGGCAACUAAAAAUAUG